AUUGCCAAUAGUAUAAUAUAGUGUGGCUAUUGCUUUGUUUUAUCAGUGCGUAAGAUAAAAGAUAACAAAUUAAUCAGACCUUAUCAGCAACAAUCCUUUCAUAAUUCCGCCAAGUUGUCUCAACACAUUCUGAUCACAAAUAUGGUAAUGGAGUAUUCCUAAAAUGCCUCCACGACUCUCAGCCCGCAAGUUCGUCCUAGCUUUCCUCGUGGUUAUCGGAGUGACGGUCUUGGUGGGUACCAAGUACAACUUGUCUCAUCUGGUCAACAAAUCCGCACAACCGUUGGUUCAAGUGUUUAAAAAUGAACUCGGAGCUCAAACCCAGAGACCAGAAGAACAAGAGGAAUUUCUCGAUAACAACAUAUUCGAGGAGCCGGAAAAAACAGUGAAACCUCCAGAAAGGCCGUGGUUCCUGCCUGAUGGUACGAUUUACCCUACGAAAAGUAAAGGACCUCCAAGACUGUUUCCUGAUCAAGCCGAUGGAGAUAGGAUUUAUGAUCAGUUGAUGUACAUGCCCGAUGACUAUCAAGGGUACGACUCGCCGGAAAAGACGAUCUUGCUGUACAACGGAUUCAGCGGCUGGGGCCAGAAAAAGGGCAGUGCAGCAUUUCACGAAUGCCCUAUCAGUAGAUGCACUUUGACUGCGGAUAGGAGCAGGGCUUCCGAUGCAGACGCAAUUCUGUUUAAAGACAGAGUUGUUCAGCCUCCGGUGGACAGGCCUAUGAAACAGGUGUGGAUAUUAUAUCACUUGGAGUGUCCGUACCAUACGCAAAGCGUCAAAAUCCCGGAUUCGAUAAACUGGACCUCAACAUACAGGAGAGACAGCGAUAUCGUAGCUCCAUACGAAUAUUGGAUGUACUACGAUCCAGAGGUAAAGACGCAAGUACAAGACAGAGACUACGGAGUAAAUAAGACUAAAAAAGUGGCUUGGUUUGUAUCGAACUGCGGUGCCAGAAACAAUAGGUUACAAUACGCCGAAGAAUUAGGAAAAUACAUAGAAGUGGACAUUUACGGAUUCUGCGGAAACCUAAAGUGUCCCCGAUCGGAGGACCAGAAGUGUUUCAAUUUGCUGAAGACUGACUACAAAUUUUACUUGGCGUUCGAGAAUUCCAAUUGCAGAGACUACAUCACAGAGAAAUUCUUUGUCAAUGGACUGAGAUAUGACGUUAUACCCAUAGUGAUGGGUGCACGACCUGAAGAAUAUCAGAAAGUAGCACCAGAAGGUUCUUACAUUCACGUGGAGGAAUUCGCUGGCCCUCAAGAACUAGCAGAAUACCUGCAUCGCCUGGAUAGGGACACUGCCCUGUACAAUUCAUACUUCAAAUGGAAGGGCACGGGUCAACUGAUCAACACGUACUUCUGGUGCAGAUUAUGUACAAUGGUACAUGCUCCGUUUGGAAACAAGCAUUACGAGGACAUAAACGAGUGGUGGAGAGGACCUGGUAUAUGCACAAGUAAAUCGUGGAGAAGUUCCGAAUUUGUUUAAGAAAUGUCAUUUUGAAUAGAGUAUAGCCACAGGACAACUAUUUAUAGUAACAAAAAGUUUUAUUUAAUUAUAUAUAUCCUAUACCUAUUUCUAAAUUUACGCCUUAGGAGCCUUAAGGAUUACAUUAUACUUUUUUCGUAAAAAAUGUUAUGAAAAUGCAAUGUGGGCAUCAUGUUGGCAGCUAAUAUGAAUAUUUUUAUCUUUUUUAUUUUUACAAUACUUGGCCUGUGGUUGACAAAGAGUUUUGUAUGUACCUAGGAUAUUAUUUUCCUAACCAAAGUCUCGUUUAUAUGAAUACUUAAGACGGAAUUGAAUAUCAUAAAUAUAAUACCAAAAGAAGGUGUUUAAAACAGAACAUUUUAACACUUACACUUGUCUGUUUCAUUUUACAAGUGUUUUCUCUUUUAACAAACCCAAAAAUCAAUAUAUUACAAAAAUAUUUUUAAUUAUCUAAGUAUAUCUUCGCUUUAAGGCACUACUUGACUAACUAGAUUCUAUGUUAUCGAUGUUAGAACUUACUUAGUGACGUAGUGAAUUAUUAGAAAAUUAAAACCAAAUUUAUUUAGUGAAAAUGUCAAUUAGGAAUAAUCUUUUUCUAUUUAAAAAUUAAGUAAUGUUGGGUCCAGACUUUUUAAGUAUUAUUUCUUUCAAUAAGUAUUUACAUAUUUAAAUAUGUUACAAUACAUCACUAUAACGAAUAAGUUGAAAUAUUGAUUUAAAGGGCUUUUAAUCAAAUGUUAAAGUAGACAUGGAUGAUCAGUAGGUUUUACGAUAACUUAUCUUAAAAUAUUAUGUAUGACUUCACACAUCUUAAGUAUACCAUCCUGGAUACUUCAUCUGCUUGGUCUGUACUUUAAUGCAUGCGACAGAGAUAAAUAUAAAUGACCGGUUGACAGACAGAGAGACAAAAUAAAAAGCAACAGACAGUGUUGCCAGUUUUUACGUGUGUAGGAAAAUGUGUGUAAAAAAAUAAAUUAUUUUAAAAACUUUCAUGUAUACCACUGAAAUGAACAUAAUAGGAUAUCUAAGCUAAA